AUGACUAUUUUUGUGGCUACCCUCUUCUUACCCUACACCAUCAAUUUCGAUGCAGCGGGCUCUCAACCAGAAUCGCCCGACCUGCAGAGGAAUCAGUCUGCCGCUUCGCAGAUUCCUGUUCCUCCAACUCCUCUGACCGACGGUCAGACUGUGAGCUUGUUCACCCCUGCCCCGGGCAUCGGAGCUGCCGCUACCCAGAGUCCGGGUUCUUUAAUCCAGACGCCGGGUGCGACAACCGAUCAUGAGAAAAUAUUCCUUCCCCAUGUCGAACGACCGAUCAGCCUGACAUUACCGCGUACAAACCAGCAGUCUCGGCCGGCGCUGCAACGAGAUCCCCGCGCGAUUUCACGCCAUGAUCUACAUUCCCCAGGAUGGGGCAAGACCUUUGGCUGGAACCAGCCACCUUCCCGUGCAAAGUCGCCUCCUCCGAGUUCGAUCCUUAAGCACGCCGCUGCCGAGGCCAAGGACAAGAUGGACAAGGCCGCCGCGGUUGUGUCCAAUACCAUCCAGAAUAAGUGGGGACGGCAACACAAGAGAACACGGACAUUCAGUCAUGGACAUGAGCGGCCGUUCUCGGAAGAUAGCUACACCGUGGAGAAGGCGCUGCUCGGCAAUGGCGGUCUGUUUAACGCCAUUGAUGCUGCUGCUGAAGCAGGGAGUCUGGAUGAGAAGACUUGGGUCGGAACUCUGGGGUGCCCCAUCGAUGUGUUGGACGACUCUCUCAAGGAAAACAUUGCAGAGAAGUUGGAGAAUGACUACGAUUCUCUGACUGUAUACGUCAGUGACAGUGAUCUCAACGGCCACUAUGAACAUUACUGCAAAACAAUCCUUUGGCCGGUCUUCCACUAUCAAAUACCCGACCAUCCCAAGAGUAAAGCAUAUGAGGAUCAUUCGUGGGUGUUUUAUGUGAAGGUCAACGAGGCUUUCGCCGACCGCAUUGCGAAAAACUGGAAGAAAGGCGAUGUGAUUUGGAUUCAUGACUAUCACCUCCUCCUUGUUCCGGGCUUGCUCCGGCAACGACUUCCUGAGGCGGAGAUUGGGUUCUUCUUACAUACAGCCUUCCCAUCGUCGGAGAUCUUCCGAUGCCUUGCUGUUCGAACGGAGCUUUUGGAAGGCAUCCUGGGUGCGAACAUGAUUGGGUUCCAGACGGACGAAUAUUGUCACCAUUUCCUGCAGACGUGCAGCCGUCUCCUUAACGUCGAAGCAACCAAACAUGGCGUCAUCCUGGAAGACGGAAGAUUUGUUCAUGUCAGCACCUGCCCUGUUGGCAUCGACCCCAAAUCUCUCGACCAGCAACGCCGCUUGCCCGAGGUCUCCGAAUGGGUAAACACUAUCACGGACAAAUACCGUGGGAAACGAAUCAUUGUUGCCCGAGACAAGUUGGACAACAUUCGAGGCGUUCGUCAGAAGAUCCUUUCCUAUGAGCUGUUCCUCAACAAGUACCCGGAGUACAAGGACAAGGUAGUCUUGAUCCAGAUUGCCACUUCUUCCACGGAAGAUCCUGAGCUUAGCGCCACCGUGGCCGACAUUGUGACGCGAGUCAAUUCGAUCCAUUCAACUCUGGCUCACCAGCCAUUGGUAUUCUUGAAGCAGGACAUUGACUUUGCUCAGUAUCUGGCCUUACUUACGGUGGCGGAAUGUCUGAUGAUCACCAGCUUACGCGAAGGAAUGAAUCUCACCAGUCAUGAAUUUGUGAUCUGCCAGGAUGGCCAAUUCGCAGACACGAAGCAUGCACCGUUGAUUCUUAGUGAGUUUACAGGUUCAGCUACUGUCUUCGGACACAACGCCAUCCUGGUCAACCCAUGGCAUUACAGCCAAUGCGCACAAGCCAUCAAGACUGCCCUUGAUAUGCAACCUGAUGAAAGGGAACGACGGUGGAAGAACAUGCACGAUAUUGUCGUCAAGCAGAACGCCGUCCAGUGGUUUGAUACAUACACUAAGGCCUUGGACCACGCCUGGAAAGAACAUUCAAUCCGCGAUUCUACAUCAGUGCCACGCCUGUCGCUGACUUCUUUGAAACCAAAAUACCUCCGAGCCUCAAAACGGCUGAUCAUUCUGGAUUACGAAGGUACUUUGGCGUCUUGGGGAUCUCCCACCGACAUUAUUUUGACCACACCCAAGAGAUCCAUUGAUGUCCUGAAUGACUUGAUCGAGGAUAAGAGAAACACUGUCUAUGUCAUGAGUUCCCGAAUGCCCGAAGAAAUGGAACGACUGUUCAGUCCAGUUAGCGGCCUGGGGAUGAUUGCCGAGAAUGGCGGGUUCCUCAUGGAACCUGGGUCGGAUGAAUGGGACGAGUUAGCCGACCUCGACAACUUCAAGAACUGGAAAGACGGCGUCCGAAGCAUCCUUAAGUAUUAUGUCGAGAGAAUCGAGGGUAGUCGGAUCGAGGAACGACACUGCUCUUUGAUUUUUGAUUACAGCGAUGCCGAGGAUCGAGCCGGAGCUUUCAAACAAGCCGGUGAAUGUGCCAAUCAUAUCAAUGAUGCUUGUCGCGGACAACAUGUCAGUGCUGUUCCCAUCGAAGACGGAUUGUUUAUCUCCGAAAUGGACGUCAACAAAGGACUAGCCACCCAAGUGAUCAGUGACCGGAUGGAGAAGAGGGGUGUGCCAUUGCCUGACUUCCUCUUGGUGAUUGGCGACUCCCGAGAGGAUGAAUAUGCUUUCGCCUGGGCGCAUAAACUGGAAAAGGCUGGCAAGGUUCGAGAUGUGGUUACGGUCACACUGGGGGCCAGAAGCACCGAGGCUUCGGCAACCUUGACUCAAGGAGUAACUGGCGUGCUUUCCAUCCUCGAGAAAUUGGUGAGAAGUUCGCAGCAGUCUUGA